UAUGAACGAAAGUGCUUGUGAUGAGCAAAGACGAUUAAAAAAAGUGUCGAUAAAGCCAAUAUUCCGCAGAAAUUAGCCAGAAUCUUCAGGUAUCUACAAAAUAUAAUAAAUACCACCCUCGCAUGUGAGGGUACUAUGUGGUGGUGUUCUUCUUCCGCUAGUUCAGGACCGAUGGCUGCGAUACGCAAAAAGUUAGUAAUCGUCGGUGACGGUGCAUGCGGUAAAACAUGUCUGCUGAUAGUGUUCAGCAAGGAUCAAUUCCCGGAAGUAUACGUGCCGACAGUGUUUGAGAAUUACGUUGCCGACAUCGAAGUGGAUGGAAAACAAGUGGAACUGGCUCUGUGGGAUACCGCUGGCCAAGAAGAUUACGAUCGGCUGCGGCCGCUCUCGUAUCCAGAUACGGAUGUGAUCCUCAUGUGCUUCUCGGUGGACUCGCCGGAUUCGCUCGAGAACAUCCCAGAGAAGUGGACCCCUGAGGUAAAGCACUUCUGCCCCAACGUGCCUAUUAUUUUAGUAGGCAACAAAAAAGACCUCCGCAACGAUCCCGCCACCAUCAACGAGCUUCGCAAAAUGAAGCAAGAGCCUGUGAAACCGCAGGAAGGCCGGGCUAUGGCUGAAAAGAUUAACGCGUUUGCAUAUCUGGAAUGCUCUGCCAAAAGCAAGGAAGGUGUACGUGAGGUGUUUGAAACAGCAACCAGAGCCGCAUUACAGGUCAAGAAGAAGAAGAAGACUAGGUGUUCUCUGCUGUAAGUGUGCUGUUGUCGGGAAAACUCUGAUUUAUGAAUGGUUCGCAUACUGCCUGAUAACUUACGUUUGAAACGACUCGGACUCUACAGCAGUCGCGGCGUCAGCCACACAGUGCUUCCUUCCAAUACUGACAGCUGACGCAGUCGCGUCCCGCGUUGCACGCACAUCCACUCAGUAUUCGUGUGGCUACACUUUCAUAAUCGGUACUUGUAUAUUUUAUAGUUUAUCUAUAAAUUUAAGCAUAAAUGCCUUAACAAUAUGUCAGGGGCGAUUGUGGACUCCCUGUCUCCACGGGUCCAUUAAGAUUUUUUUGUGCUAUAUCAUGUUAUAUAAUCGAGUAGCAUUUCUUCAACAUAGAUAUAUAAUUCCUCGACCGGUGUCAUCUCACUGAGACUUGUUUAGUUUGGUAUUUUGUAUUUUAAUUUUUCAAUAAAAUAGUGAUGUAUAAAUUUGUGUAGGAUGUUUAUUUGACACGGAGCGCGAGCCCCACUCUCAGCCAAGUGCCUGUCAGCUGUGUCUUUGAGACGUCCAAUCUGAUACUGUGGCAAUUUUAUUGUAAUCUAUUAUCUGUGUGAAAUUUAUAACUUUCUAAUUUAUUAGUAAUAAAGGAACCCUAUGUUUUAACAUUU